AUGGCUCAUCCCGGGCUGUACGGAGUCAUACUCGGUAUCUUGGCAUUAACAACAGUUAUCAGCGCAUACAAAAAUCCGUACUAUGCACCGAAUAGAACCGUUAAUGUACACCUUUUCGAGUGGAAAUGGGAUGACAUAGCUGAUGAGUGCGAACGGUUUUUGGGUCCUAAGGGAUUUGGAGGAAUUCAGGUUUCUCCUCCUAACGAGAAUGUUAUUCUAAGGGGUUACAAUCGUCCUUGGUGGGAGCGAUACCAGUCGUUGUCCUACCACUUGGGGACGCGAUCUGGUGAUGAAAGACAAUUCGCUAGUAUGGUGCGACGAUGCAAUAAUGCGGGUGUUAGAAUUUACGUAGACGCAGUAAUCAACCAUAUGACAGGGGAGCCCGCGGAAAACGUCGGUACGGCUGGCAACACCGCGGUAUUCAGGGAGUGGUAUUAUCCUGCUGUGCCAUACAGGCGGGAACAUUUCAACUGGCCCCAAUGUGGUAUUGAGGGCUCGGACUUUGUAAAUAACGCUUGGCGGGUUCGCAACUGCGAACUGGUGGGACUUAAGGACCUUAAUCAGAGAGACGAACACGUGAGGCUGAUGAUUGUAAACUUCAUGAAUAAACUCAUCGAUCUGGGGGUUGCUGGCUUCAGAAUCGACGCUGCAAAGCACAUGUGGCCUGAAGAUCUACAAGUAAUCUACGGCAGACUAAAAAAUCUCAACACCGCCCACGGUUUCCCAUCAAACGCUCGCCCCUACAUUUACCAAGAAGUCAUCGACUAUGGAGGGGAAGCUAUAAGUAGGGAUGAAUACACCCCACUAGCUGCUGUCACAGAGUUUAAAGCUGGGAUGGAACUGAGUAACGCCUUUAGAGGGGCCAACGAAUUGAGAUGGCUGCAAACUUGGGGACCGCAAUGGAAUCUCUUAGCUUCCCAAGAUGCCUUAACCUUCAUUGAUAACCAUGAUAAUGAAAGGGGCCAUGGCGGUGGAGGAGGUGUCCUAACAUACAAGCAGGGACGUCCAUACAGAGCAGCCAUAGCUUUUCUUUUAGCUCAUCCAUAUGGUGAACCACAGAUUAUGAGCAGUUUCGCAUUCUUGGACUCGGAAGUUGGACCACCAAUGGAUCGUUACCAGAAUAUCAUAUCGCCAUCUAUUAACUCGGACGGUACAUGUGGCAACGGCUGGGUAUGCCAGCACCGUUGGCGUCAGAUCUACGCCAUGGUUGGUUUCCGCAACGCAGCCGGUAGGACUGGAGUCAACAACUGGUGGGACAACGGCACCAACCAGAUAGCGUUCUGCCGCGGCAAUAACGCUUUCAUCGCCUUCAAUAACAACAUAUGGAACCUUAACCUCACCUUACAGACAUGCCUUCCCGCUGGUACAUACUGCGAUGUGAUAUCGGGCAAUAAAGUGAACAACUCCUGUCAAGGAAAGACGGUGAGAGUUGGCAGUGACGGUAGAGCACAAAUAAUUAUAGGCGCUCAAGAUUAUGAUGCAAUGUUGGCCAUCCAUAUUGGACCUGAGAGCCGGCUGUGAAAGUAAGCACUGCUAAAAUAGAAUAGAAAAUAAAAUAAGGAUCAGACAUCCUGACACAUUUGGAACCUUUGGAAAC